AUGCUGCAGAGACUGUGCAUCAUCAGCCUUCAUCUUCUGCCAGUUCUGCGCGGCGAUGGAGACGUGACAGGAUCAACAACAACAUCCACCACAGCUGUGGGUCAAACUACGACUACCACAACAUCUGCUGGGUCUUUUCUUUGUCCAAACGGAUGGACGCUGAUAGGCUACAGGUGCUUCCACUACAGCGGCGAGGAGCGCAGUUACGAUGAAUCGGUUGCAUACUGUGAAGGGAUGGGCUCUGUGAUUGCAAGUAUCCGUGGCGAAUCCGAGAACGCUGCAGUGACCGCCUUGAUCCCCACUGCUUGCGCUAGGACGGCCUACAUUGGCGCGGAGAGUAAAGGCAAUGGAGUGUGGAGUUGGCAUGAUGGGACUGGAUGGUGGCAGCCUCAGAUCCAUGGCGGCUUGCUGGGAGUC